AUGUCGUCGUCGCCUUCCUCGGCCCAUUGGCUCGGCAUCGUCGGGACCAUCUGGCUACAGACCAUCAACGGCCCCAACUCCGACUUCCCCGUCUACUCGUCGCAGCUCAAGGAGCUCAAGGGCAUCUCCCAGGUGCAGCUCAACUUCCUCGCAUUCGCCUCCGACGCCGGCAAGCUCUUUGGCUGGUUCUCCGGCGUGGCCGCGCUCUACGUGCCGCUCCCGAUCGUCGCCUUCGUCGGCGCGUGCUUCGGCCUCGUCGGCUACGGUGUGCAGUUCCUCUUGUUGGACAGCCCAGGGCUCAAGUUCUGGCACCUGUUCCUGCUCACCGCCCUCGCCGGGAACGGCAUCUGCUGGAUCAACACCGUCUGCUACCUGCUGAGCGUCAACAACUUCGCGUCCAGGAGCCGCGUCGCCGUCAGCCUCGCCACCAGCUACCUGGGCCUCAGCGCCACGGUGUACACCAGCCUGGCCGAGACCUUGCCCCGCCUGGCCGACUCCAAGGCCAAGACGUACCUCCUCCUCAAUGCCGUGGUGCCGGUGAUCGUCUCCGUGUUCGUGGCGCCGGCCCUCAGGCUGUUCGACCUCAAGAGCGACUCCAUGUCGAGCACGGACACGGCAUUCCUCGUCAUGUUCGCGAUCACGCUCGCCACCGGGGCGUGCGCCAUGGUCGGCAGCAUCGGCUCCACGGCCAGCUGGCUGUCCUCCAGGGAGCAGAUGGUGAGCCUCAGCGUGCUGCUGGCCGUCCCCAUGGUUAUCCCGGUGGCGCUCAAGAUGCGGGAGGGCAUGAACAAGGUCGGGGAGAACAUGAUCCACGAUCUCGCCACCGAUGACGCCGUGGUCGUGAUCGAGGUGACGGACUUGGAGACCACCGCCGCCGAGGAGGAGGUCGGAGGCCUCCAGCUGCUCAAGAAGCCGGACUUCUGGCUAUACUUCUUCAGCUACAUGCUCAGCGGCACCCUGGGCCUGGUCUACCUCAACAAUCUUGGACAGAUUGCCGAGUCGCGAGGUCUCGGCCGGACUUCCACUCUGGUCUCCCUGUCGUCUUCCUUCGGCUUCUUCGGUCGCCUCCUCCCGUCCUUCAUGGACUACUACUCUGCAAAAAGCGGCCACAGCAUAUCCAGGACGGGGUCCAUGGCGUCGCUGAUGGCUCCUAUGGCGUGCGCCUUCUUCCUCUUGCUCAACCAGGGCAGCGUCUUCCUGUACGCGAGCACGGCCAUCAUCGGGACCUGCACGGGGGCCAUGACGUCGGUGGCAGUGUCGGCGACGAGCGAGCUGUUCGGCGCCAAGAACUUCGCCGUCAACCACAACGUCCUGGUGUCCAACAUCCCCGUCGGCUCGCUCUGCUUCGGCUACUUCUCGGCGUUCCUGUACCAGCGGGAGGCCAGCGCGCGGGGCGCCGCCACAUGCUCCGGCGCCAGCUGCUACCAGGCGACCUUCGCCAUCUGGGGCGCCAGCUGCGUCGUCGGCACGCUGCUCUGCGUCGUCCUCUACGUCCGGUCGCGCAGCUUCGCCGGCAAGCUGCCGGUGAGGUUACAGUGGCUGUCCCGCUUAGCUAACUUCCUAGGUGCUCGUCAGAAGAAAUUCUAUCGAGUUCUCCCGGAGACCAGGGCUAGAGCGGACCAGAUCGUGCUGCGCCAAUGCAAGAAGAAGGCCCGCCAGAUGCAGUACGAGGUGCGCUAUGUGGCCAUCUCGACAUACCAUCACGACUAUCUUGGUGUUACCAAAUUGGGUUAUGGAAAAGACGAGUCCUGGGCGGCAUUGGUGGAUCUUUGGUGUGAUGAGGCUGGAGCCUGGGCGGCUAUGAGUGUCAAAAACAAGGCUAACCAAGGGAAGGAGGGAGUACAUGCUCAGGGAAACCGAAACCACUAUCUCCACAAGGCACUUAAUGAGGAGAAACUGAAGCGGCCGCUCUCACACAUGCAGCGGCCACUCUCACACAUGCAGGCGUGGGAGAUCGCCCAUACGCGGAAGGACCCCAAGCCUGGCGAGCCCAAGUACUACGGCAAGAAGACCGCGCAUAGGAAGAAGGCCUACUCCGAUGGGUAUCUGGCGUUACAUCCUGACACACCUGACCCCAUUGCGGCGGAUCUGGACGAAAGGGUGGUGGUGGGCAUGGGGCCCCGAAGGAGCACGGUCGGGAGGCGGUUCUCGAUGCUGUGA